GCCAACUGCUACAGUCAUUCAGUUUCCCCAGAGCCAUCAUAGGAAAAGCACUGGAGAACUCACUCGCAACAGAUAAGGAGAGCACUAAAAUAACUAUCUGACAAAUAAUAAGAAAACAAUAUCAUACAUUUGCUUUGGCACUGAUUCCUAUUUAUUGUGAAUUAUUUUCGACCUAUACGGUAGAAUCAGGCUGGAUCUAAGUCCCAUACUUCUGGUACAGAGUUUUAAAGGUUCGGAGAGGAGGUGCUGAGGUUGCAGGUUAAUGGACUUCCAUUACUAGGAGCAUGGACCAGUACAUCCGCAGGCUGAGGCAGGAGCUGUUGUCCAUGAAAGAAGUUGGAGAAGACUUGCAAGAGCAGAUGAACAGUAUGAUGGGGGCACUGCAGGAGCUGAAACUUCUCCAGGUUCAAUCUGCUUUAGAGCAGCUGGAUAUUUCAGAGGAACGGAACCCAGUUUACAACACAGAACAGAAUUUCUUCUGCCGAAAUAAACGCAAGCCUUCUGAGAUCAGGCACCAUUCCAGGCAACAGUCUGAAAAGCCAAGGGCUGGUGGGAGCGGUCUAGACAACAGCUACUUGGUUUCUCGCCAACGGUCACGGACUGCAAACUCUAUCAACUGUGCCCCUGUAACUGGCACAAAACAAGGUUAUCAGGUAUUGUCUCCACAAACGAAGGAAACUGAAAUCAGGCGUCCAUUCUCCUCUUCAGUUUUAGCUGCAGGGGAGACUUGGCAUGCUAAUACUUCACAGAUCACAGCUAUGGAUGCUUCAAAUGUUCUUCCUGACCAAGAAUCAAGUAUAGAUGCGACUGUGUCUGCUGAGGCUAAAGACUGGACUUCUUCCCUUAUGUCACAGAGCCGAAAUAGACAGCCUCUUGUCCUGGGGGACAACAUCUUUGCAGACCUUGUGGGAAACUGGUUGGAUUUACCAGAGUUGGAAAAAAAAGGUGAACAAAACAACAGCAUUUUGAACGUCAGUAGAUCCCAGGAAAUCUACAAAAAGAUCUCCCUGACAGCCAACUUUUUUAAGAAAUUCUUAAGGAGCGUGAGGCCAGACAGGGAUAAACUACUGAAAGAAAAACCUGGCUGGCUACAGGCUAAUGAGCAAGCAGUUCCAAUCCCCAAGAGAUCUAAAAAGUCAAGCAGACAAAAGGGUGUAUUUUACUUCUCUUCCCAAGCAGACAUAAAAGGUUCAUCUGGAAGAGUGGAAAAAAGAAGCAAAAAAGAAGGAACUCCUCGAAUGUGCAGCAAACAACUGCAAACUCCCGAAGACCAUGUACACAUUGGAUUUGAUAUGAACUCAGCUGUCUGGGUUUAAACAACUUACAUCUUUAUUUUUGUGAUGCCAAGAUAUUUGUAACAAGAGUGGCAUUGCAAAUAUAAUCAAACUAUAACAGAUUACAGCGGAGCUGAAUACUGUUGGAAUAAAAAAAACUUUUUUAUUAUUAUUUUAAUAUAUUGUUGGUGUAUUUUCACUAAAAGAAGAAUGAUUUUAAUAUUUUUGUUCAAGUAUAAAUGAUUAUGAAAAAAUAUCUGGGAAUAAAAUGCACUGAGCAGGUACUCAGCGUUUGGUAUAGAUAUUUGGAUUAAAAAUAUAUAUGUACUGUUUACACUUUGUAUUAGCAAAGUUCUGGAAACUACACUACAAACUAUGGACUAAGAAGAUCACUUGCAGUGUGUUCUAUCAAUAGUAGUAAAACAACUCCACCGUUAUCUGUUUUUCAUUAUUAAAAGAAAAAUUAAUAUUAUCAUCUUCAUCAGGAAAAUAAAUGGACAAUCAAAAAGAGAAAGAAAGUCACCUGGAUUUUUUGAUACCUAAAUCUGAAAGUGAAAGAAAAGUCUUCUGUAAUAAUACCCGUUACUCAACAAACUAGUCAAUCCAAUUAUUUGCUCAAAUCCCUUUAUGUAAAGAUUUAUAGUUCCAAAAAUAACUGUUUGAUCUCAGCAAUGGGUAAUGCCUAUUACACAAUGUUUUAAACUGCUGGGUAAAAAGGCAAAUGUUGAAGCUGAGUAUAAAAAGCGCUUUGUAUCUUGCUACAAUUCUAAUUAAUUGUCAGUAUCUAAAUAUUCACCACCUCCAUAAAAUAUACAAAAAAGCUUUUAUUAUAGCACAACACACACACACAGACAUUUUUAAUGGAAUAGACAGAUUCUAUUUGCACUGUAUUGUUGUAACCUCAUAACUUAAAAGCACUUGGAAUCCCCAGUGGUAAUGUUUAUGCAUGUAGCCUCGAAUAAUCAUUAUCACAAACAGCAAUUUGAGAAAUCUGUUCUUCUGCAUCUUAUAUAGUAAAUGCUUUUCUCAGCCCUUUUCAGAAUUUCAUUAUGUAAUAUUGAUAAACUGGACAAUGGAUUGCUAGGAAUCAGCUUAGUAAGUUGACAUUUUAACCUCUUGUCUUCCAGGACCCAGCAAAGCCCUGCUAAAUAAAGUGUUACAGGUCUGUUUAGCAACCAAGGGGUUAAUGGGAUAGAUGCUAAUAAGUGAGUAUUCAGGGUAUUCUUAUGAGAACUCUAGUAUUCUUCUGAAUAAUUACUGUCACAACACAUUGUUUUGGAUAAUGGUUGUGAUAAAGGAAAUCAGGGCACAUAAUUAGAAGCACCCAUCAAUUUAAGUAAUUAUUUAUCUCAGUUUUUCUACAUUACUGCCUGUUACACACAGAUGUCAAAGCCAUAUUUGGUUUAAGCUAUAAUGCAUACAAAUCUGACUAGCUCUUUUUUAGUACAGUGUUCUAUACAUUUCAGAAAUAAAUAAAAAAAAAGUGCCAUUAAUUAUCAUGACAUACAUAACUAUACAGUACUGACUUUCAUAUAAAUAUAAGGGCACCCUAUGAUAACAAAAUAGUUUUUUAGCACAAUGUUAUAUGUCACAAAAAAUGUCUCAAAUAAAUAAUACCACCAUGAUUUAUGCAAGGCUUCAAUUCUCAGCUGUAUACUAAUAGAGAGUUAUUUUUAUUUACCAAAAAGUGAUUUUGAUUUUUGAAAUAUUUUUGUUCUGUGACUUUUUAGUGGAAAAAAAUAUAUCUACUACAUGCAAACUUAAAGGGACAGUAUGCACCAAUUUUCAUAUAACUGCAUGUAAUAGACACUACUAUAAAGAAUAAUAUGCCCAGAUACUGAUAUAAAAAUCCAGUAUAAAACCUUUUAAAAACUUACUUAGAAGCUCCUUGUUUAGCACUUUGAUGAGGUUAGGCUGGGACACCCAUUGAAAGAGGCUGGCAAAACAGGAAGAGCAGACACUUCCCCCUUCCCUGCAUAUGAAAAGACAUAAAAUAAACAGCAGGAGUCUGUAGACAUUAGUACACAUCUGACACUUUGGGGCUUGGUUAGGAGUCUGAAAAUCAGCACAAAGUUAUUAAAAAAUAACAAAACUGUACAAUGUCCCCUUAAAAUUGUAUUUUCUAUAUUGAAGAAAUAAGAAGUUCUCGGCUCAUUACAUUUAGAUUUUAUUAAGAAAUGUUUGGUAAAGCAGAACAAACUCUUUAUUAGUGUACUGGUUACAGAUGAAUGGAUUAUAAAGUAAAAAAAUUGGCUCUGUAUUGAUUAAACAUUUUUUUCUCCAAGUUGCACUAUAAUACUUUAUUUAGCACCAUUAUUAUGUUAAGAAAACUAAAGAAAAUAAACAGUAAUGUCAAAAGUAAACUUUCAUUAUUCUGCCAGAGUUUGCCAUUUUAAACAACUUUCCAAUUUGAUUUUAUCUAAUUUUAUUUGUUCUUUUUGUAUCCUUUGUUGAAAAACAUGCAUAUUUAGGAUUAGGAGCCGCAAUGCACUACUAGGAGCUAGAUGAUGAUGAUUGGCACACUCAGUGUGGUUAUCUAGCUCCCAGCAAAGCAUUGCUGCUCAUUUAACAAUGGAUACCAAGAGAAUGAAGCAAAGUUGAUAAUAUAAGUAAAUAGGAACGCUAUUUAAAAUUGUAAGCUCUGUCUAAAUCAUGAAAGAAAAAUUUGGGGUUUCAUGUUCCUUUAACUUUACAAAAACCUUUUGCCAUAGAAACAGCUUCUGAUUGGUAUCCGGUAGGGCAUAGACUUUAGUAAUGCUGUUAAAAUUAUUUUAGCUAUUGUUAACUUAAAGAGACAUACUCAAAACUGUUCAAUCAUACAUAUAAAAAAGCAGCAUUUACACAUAUCAAAAAAUAUUUUUGCUUAAAGCUGUUUAAAGGGCUGUAAAACAGUCUGUUUCACUGCUGUAACAAAAAAGCACUAAGCAGUUGGUUAUACUUAAUAGAAAUAAUCACAAUAUGUAUUAUUCAUAAUUUUAAGAUCAUUUUACCUUUUUUUUUUUUUACUUUAUUUAUACAGGGUCCAUUACUUCUUAUCACAGCCCCACAAGGGGCUGAGGUCUCAACACGAAGACAAAAGAAGGAGCUUUCCCUUUGAAGUGGUAUUAACAAGCACAAGUGCCAGCUGUAGUCAAUUUCUUUCCCAUGCUUUGUAGAGGAUUUUUGCUGCAAGAAUCAUGUGACAGUAGAGCUAAAGUUUUAUAAUGGUAGCUCCCUGAUCUCACUAAACACAGUAGUUACUCUAAGAAUUUCUAAGUGCUCGUUUUGCAAGACACUGUAAACUCAGUAGUAGCGGGAACCUCAGAAAGUGUGCAUAUAAAAGGCUGGGCAUAUUUCAAUCAUGAAAGUUUAAUUUUGACUUUUAUGUCCAUUUAAAGGACCACUAAACACAGAAUAGCAUAAUCAGUAAAUGCGUAAAAAAGACAAUGCAAAAGUGCAUUUUAAAUGAGUAGUAAAUUUCUGACAAUUUUUUUAAAUUAGUUUUAUUUUUCCUCCCACGGCAUCAUGUGACAGCCAUCAGCACAUCACAGAAUGCAUAUAGGUAUAUCCUGUGAAUGUUGCAAAUGCUCAGUGGGACCUGAUGCCUCAGAAAGUGUGCAAAUAAAAAUAUUGUGCACAUUUAAGAUAAUGGAAGUGAACUGGGAAGUUGUUUAAAAUUGUUCAAUCUAUCUGAGACAUGAAAGUGUAAUUUUUACUUUAGUAUCCCUUUAAUUUCUUAUCUGGAGCAGUAAAGUGGCUUGACGAGUGCAGGGAUUUGACAAUGUGUUAAAUUCGUUAGCAGAAUUUGCAUUUAAAUAAAAAUUAAACAAAAAAAUGAAUAACUAAAUUAGCUAUUCUAAAAGUAAAGGAAGUCAGCAUUUUUUUGCUUUAAUACUGUUUCAUUUAUGGAGCCAUUUUUUAUUUUGAUUAAUUAGCCUCAUAAAAUAAACCUUCAUUUUUAACUUAUUAAUUUUUUAAACGAGUGUUUGAAAACUUGAAUGCAAGCUGAGCAAUUUAUAAUGUAAUGUAAAUAUCAAUUGUGUUGAUGUAACUUGUUUGUGUUUUGCUAGUGCGACAGUGAUUUGCUUGUCUUGGUAAGAAGGCUGGAAAUAUGUAUGAAAUAAAUCUGUGUAACCCUUUUCUUGUAGUAAUUAAAGUUCUUUCUCAUGUACAUAGCCAUCAUUUAAA